AUGCUAAAUGCAAAUAAACUUAUAAAAGGCCUAGCAGGAGAAUGGCGAGUCUAUGGUUGCUCCAUAAUAGUACAUAAACAUUGUCACGAAGAAGUGAUCGAAAAAUGUCCAGGAAAUAAAGCAGACGGUGCUUCUGACGCGGAGAAUGGCGGUAUUGUUGAGCCUGGCAUGGGUCGGUUCAGCAUUAACAUGCCGCAUCGCUUCUCACCUCAUUUCUACAAACUUCCGACGUUUUGUGAUCAUUGUGGUUCGCUGCUGCAUGGCUUAACCCAUCAGGGUCUGCAAUGUUCCGGCUGUAAACUGAACGUACAUAAACGGUGCUCACAAAAUGUAGCAAACAACUGUGGAAUCGACGCUAAACAAAUGGCGGCCGUGUUCGCGCAAUUGGGACUCUCUGCAGACAUAAAUGGCGCAUGCAGUAAGAAAAAUGUGACUUUUUCAGCGAUUUUAGGAACGUCGUGGGAAAAUGCAAGGACGAAGUGA